AUGAGGACGCUGCCGGUCGUUGAAGGCCAUCACCCGUCCCAGCUAGCGAAGCGUCAUGCUGCUCUCUCUUGCCAUGGGUAUGGGUACUUCAUUAUUGCGCCUUGCUCCCAGCGGUUGCAAAACCCUAUUGAACACCAAGUAUCUUCACAGAGCUCAUAUCCUCAGAUUGAGCUGCGCACUCAAUCCUGCACGUCAGGCUCCGCUGUGAUGAUCACGUCGGAAGCAAUGCGUCCUCCAAGAAUCCAGUACUUUCUUGAACCAGUCCAGGAAAGGCCUUCUCAUCGUGACGCCCUCGGCGCCAGAAAGCCGUAUAUCGAAGGCACUGCAACUGCUGCUCCUUUACCUGAUUUCUGUCAGCGCUCGAGUCUGCGCCAAUCUGAUCGAGUGGCUGGGUCCAAGUUCUCCGACUGCUGGUAUGCGGAUACACUGCAUGUGCACCUCCAUUUUACCGGUCCUAUAGCGAGGCGCUGCGCAUGGCUGGUCCUGACCCCAACCCUUUGCGAGACAUCAACGUCAUCUUCUGGGCUCAGCAAACUUGGAGACACAUUCGAGAGCUGCAAUGAUCACCCAGCUACUGUUCCCGUCGAUAGCACUAGCACGUACGGCGCCCGCAUCUCUGAGGCGCGCCAGAUGUUUGAAGGCACACUCACUACUCUACUGAACCCCAAACGAGUGAUCUCCAAGUGUACUAUCACACGGAGAGCCUGA